UUUGAUUCCCGUGACCUUUUAACCUCUACAUGCAUAUAAAUUAUACUUAAAAAGAUCAUCUUUUUCCCAUUACUUCUCCCACCUCUUGCCCCCUUCUUUCUGCCCCCCCAAAAAGAAUACACAUCAUAUACACAAAGUACAAGUGUUGUUGUAUUAUUGUGGAGGAAGAAAAACAAGAAAUGGGGAGUUCAGAUUCAUCAUUUAUGAGGCAGAUAAUAAGUAGGAAAACAACAUCAAAGAGGUGGGGUGGUGGUGGUGGUGGUGGUGGUGGUGGGGUGGAAAUGGAGGAGGAGGAGAAUAUGAUGUAUUAUGGUGGGGGUGGUGGUAUGUUGAUGAUGAUGAAGAAGAAGAGAGUAAUGGUGGCUGUGGAUGAAAAAACACAGAGUAAACAAGCAAUGAUGUGGGCACUUACUCAUGUUACUAACAAGGGAGAUAUUCUCACUCUUCUUCACAUUCUCUCUCCUUCUUCUUCUCACAACUCUUCUUCUCCUUACCUUGCCACCUCACUCGGUUCUCUCUGCAAAGCCUCCAAACCUGAGGUUGAAGUAGAAGCACUGGUAAUCCAAGGACCAAAGUUGGCAACGGUUAUGAGUCAAGUUAAGAAGCUGGAUGUUUCUGUGCUGGUCUUAGCUCAGAAGAAUAACCCUUCUUCAUCACUUCAUUGCUUGUGUUUCAAAAGCAGCAGCACAGAAGAGUUUGUGGAGGAGUGCAUAAACAGAGUGGAAUGCUUGACAAUAGGAGUCAAGAAACAGAGCAAUGGAGUUGGUGGCUACCUUAUCAGCACCAGAUGGCACAAAAACUUCUGGCUUUUGGCUUAACAGACUCUAAAUCAAGAUUUGCUGUAGAAAUUAAUUAAUCUUUGUAUUUCUCUAUGCUUUCUGUAAUUUAUUUGCUCUCAAUGAAUAAAAAUAAAUAAAUAAAACUUAAACACCG